AGACACCCUGGCGCCACUGUCCAUCACACUGUGCUGCGUGGACUAUAUAAGAUGCGCACAAACAUCGAGGAAAACACAGCACACAUCAGACGGGGACUCCAUGCAACACCUGCUUCUCAUCAGUGAAUAUUUGGAUCCGUUUCUCUCUUUCUUUCUCGGUUUCAUUUCUUUCUUGCUUUCUGUCUUUCUAUCGCGGACGUGUCAGGAUCCAACGUCCAUCAUUUGUGCCGUGUGAGCAUUCCGUGCGUCCUUGAAUUGUCCAAGAACUACUUCCAGAACCGCGAGUUCUCAUUCACUCUCAAAGAUGACAUCUAUGUUCGGUACCAGUCGUUCAGCACCCAGAGUGAACUGGAGAAGGAGAUGCAGAAAAUGAAUCCGUAUAAGAUUGACAUCGGUGCAGUUUACAGCCACAGGCCCAGCCAACACAACACGGUGAAGUCUGGAACAUUUCAGGCCCUGGAGAAGGAGCUGGUGUUUGAUAUUGACAUGACUGACUAUGAUGAUGUCAGAAGCUGCUGCAGUGCUGCAGACAUUUGCUCCAAGUGCUGGACUCUGAUGACCAUUGCCAUUCGUAUUCUGGAUCGGGCACUGAGAGAGGACUUUGGCUUCCAGCACCUGCUGUGGGUUUACUCGGGCAGGAGAGGAGUGCAUUGCUGGGUUUGUGACGAAGCCGCCAGGAAGCUGUCAGUCGCAGCUCGUUCAGCCGUGGCCGAGUACCUCAGCUUAGUCAAGGGUGGUGAGGCGACUGUGAAGAAAGUUGUGCUAUCAGAUCCCAUUCACCCUUUUAUCAGCCAGUCUCUUUUUGUAGCAGAGCACUACUUCCCUCAGUACGCAAUCAUUGGACAGGACCUGUUGGGCAGUAAAGCAAGUGUUGACAAAGUGCUUAGCCUGUUACCUGAAGAUGUCAGGAAGGAGCUAUUAAACACUUACCAAACUGAGAAGAAUCCAAUGAAGCGCUGGGAACAACUAAGGACUGCAGUGCACCAGAAAAGGAUGACCAGUAAGAAGGGAGCUCAGUACUUUGAUAAGGAGAUCAUGCUGCAGUACUGUUACCCACGCCUGGAUGUUAAUGUCAGCAAAGGAGUCAACCAUUUACUGAAAAGUCCAUUUAGUGUCCAUCCUAAAACAGGUCGAAUCUCUGUACCAAUUGAUUUGAAAAACCUGGACAAAUUUGACCCUUUCGAGGUUCCUACAAUCAGCCUUAUCUGUGAAGAGCUGGACAAACCCCUAGCUGCUGAGGAGGAGAAAGAUAAAGAAAAUGAAACGGAACCUGGGGAACGGUGUAAAAUCAGAGAUUACAAGCAGACUAGUCUGGCAAAGUAUGUGAAGCUCUUUGAUCAAUUUCUGGAUGCUAUGGCUCGUUCCAGAAAAGGAGAGAUGCUAAAGAAAAGUGAUCUCCAGAAAGAAUUUUAAUGAGUCAGUCACUGAUGGUCCAAGACAACUGUGGAAGGUCAAGCAAGAAAUGGGAACUUACUGGAUUGUUUUUCUCCAACAGAACAAAAAUUGAAAUAGUUGGCUGUUUCCCUUACCUGGAUUCUUGAAUGUUUGACUUAAUUCUACAGUUAUCAUCACACACACAAUUAAUGAUCUGAAAACAGAAGGACACCUUUCAUUUUCUGAGUUUUAUCACACUGAACAGCUUUUCUCUACAGUAGAAAUGCCCUUCUGGUCUGUUAGAAUUUUUUAAACCAGGAAAAAUGGAAAGUAUUGUAUAUAAUUUGCUUGCACAUAUGGAGGAAAUGCAAAUAGAAUUCAAUAUUAAAUUCAUAAUGACCUUUCAGAAA